CGGGCAGUUGCCACUGCUUGACUGAAUUUAAAAUACAGUUAUCUCGAUGAAUUCAUUGACCCGAAUUGGUUUGGAUUAACACUAAAAACUGGUCGAAAUUCUUGGCACAUACAAGAGAUUCCUACUUUGUAUAACUAUCUUUAACCAGUUUCUUUAGUUUAUGGGGAGAAGACUUUUCAAAUUAUGUCCUUCAUUUUGGGCUCAAGAUUUUGGUUGUUAUUGGUCCCUUUUGCUGCCGUUCACUUGAUUAUUUAUACUUUGAGGACACUGCUUUCUUCUACACAGCUUUCCUUUCUGUUAAACUUAAACUUUUCUAAAUGCCAAGCUACUAUACAUAGAUUUAUGUUAUAAUUCCUCUUAGAAUUCAUCGUUAAGAAGGUUACAUCGAAGCUCUCAGCAUUGCGGGUGAAUCAACUUUGAAGGUUAUUGUACUGGUUUUCUUGACAGUUGCGGUCCUAGAACUCCAAUGUUUUCGUUUGCAGAACUACCGUAGCAUUUGCGAUGGCUGAGAACUCUUCAUGGAGUUUUGAUGAGGCUGAUUUAUCAGCAUGUUUCGAUGAUACGAUGAAUGGCAUUGGAGUGGGCGUCAACUCGAUGUUUAAUAUGCGUGAUGCAUUAUCGGCAUUACCACUGUGCAAGGAGGAAAGUAAAAUUUCAGACGAUUCUAAAUAUGGAAAUCAAUCAAAGUUCACUAUGUUUACCAGUAAUUCUGCACAGACUGUCGCUGAUAUCUUUGCAUCCAUCAGUGAUGCUGAUACAAGCCCACAAUUAUUUGGUAAUAUUUUAGUGGCUCCAACAUCAUCAGUUACUCGACUCGGUGAAGCAUCUUUAACUUACCUCAAUCAAGGACAAACAUAUGAACUGAAAUUGAAUUUAAAAACCCCAGAAAUAACAUUUAUCAAGACGUAUAUUCGAGUUACAUUUCAUGAUAAGCAAAUGGAAUUGAAAGAACGUGAAUAUUGGAAUGGAUGGCGACAGAUACAUCAGGGUGAAAAUCUUCUAGAUAUAGAUUAUGGUAAAUCCAGUGAUUAUGAAGAGUUAGAUAUGGAGAAAUUAUCAUCCGAUGUGAUACUGUGCAUUUGGAAAUAUCCCACAUGUAAUAUUGGUUUACGAUUUAAUUGUGUUAGUACAGAAUUCACUGCUAAGAAACAUGGUGGAGAGAAAGGAAUUCCUUUUAGAUUUCAGGUAGAUCAUUUUGAUUAUGAUACUAAUCAGCAUUUGGAAUCAUUUGGCUGUCAAAUUAAAGUAUUUAAAAUGAAAGGAGCUGAUCGUAAGCAUAGAACUGAUCGAGAGAGAAUUGGACGUAAAUCGAAUGAUGAUCAAACAAUUUAUAAACCUUCAGUGCCUGUUACAAAAUUGUCAUUUUUGCCGACAAAACAAGUGAAACUCUAUCAUCCUAAUCAUUAUCCGUGUCGAUCGAUUUCUGAUAAAGAAUUACACUGUAAUUCUUCUUCGCUAACAGAUAAAUUAACCGAUAAAGUAUUGAAUAGCUCACUUACCACAUUGACAACAACUUCAAAUUGUUCAGCAAAACUAUUUAAAGCAGAUAUAAAUGAUUUAGUGAUAGAGAAUUCAAUGUCAAAGAAACUGUUUAUAAAGGACAGUUUUUCACUGAAAGAUGUUGACAAUGCAACUGACAAUUUCGCCACAUUACCCGAUUCCAUAGAAACACCAACAUCAAACAUUCAAACAUUCUCUGAAUUUGUUACACCAACAUAUCCUUAUCAACAGGCUACAGCCUAUUCAACACUACGUAAUUUAUCUCCUGGUAUGUCACCAUCUCCAUCGUCCAAUAGACAAUCAACUGGGCCUAUACAACCUUGUCUCCAGAGACGUAGACGUCCACGAGUAAGCGAUUGUUGUGUUGGAGCUUGUUCAUCUUGUGGACGUAGUUGUCGUAGUGCUUCACGAUGGGUACGAAGUAAUAAGAAUAGAAUAAUGUCUGCAAACUGGGACAAUACUGUAAAUCGGGUGAAACAAGCAACGCUUAUUUCUGAACGACGAAGAGCUGUACAUGGUUGUGAGGCUAGUGGUCAUUUGCCUGAAACACAAAAGUCGAAAGUAAUUCAUGUGAAAAUUCCUUUUCAUUCAACUAAUUCAAAAGUCGCAGUGAAUACUUCAAAAGUAGUCUGCAAUCUAAGUACAUCUGGUGAAUCGUCUAGUCUAGGCAAUGAAGAAUUCAGUAAAUGGACAUUUGUCGAUAAAUUUGAUGAUAAGUCUAGUUCACCAUCGAUUAUUGUAUCAGAUUACCCCAUAAAUUCAAUUCAAAGAGAUCGAGAUCCUCUGUUAGGCAUGUCUAGUGCUACACCGGCUAGUUGUGAUACUACUACAGGCUAUUGUAGUAAUGAGAUACAUGCGUCUUCAGAUGAAACAUCGUUAACUGAUAGAGUAUUAGACGAGAUUAGAUAUUGUCCUGAGGAUAAUGAUAAUGAUAGUCCUGUUGUGAAUGAUAAUGCUGUUGAUGCAGAUAAUGAUGAUAGCGCUGAUGCUGAGGCUGCUUCGACAACAGGUGCUGGUGGUACGAAUGCCGCUGCUGUUGCUCUUGCUAGUGGUGACAAUGAAUCAUUGAGAUAUGCAAAAUUAUGCUUGAAUAAAUCAAAUUCUCUGCUUGAUCAUGCAGAUACAUCACAUCGUGGAUCGACGAUUAUCUCCUUGACAUCAAGUAGUCAUCAUCAUAAUCAUCAACAACGACAAGAAGGAGAAGAAGAAGAAGAAGUGAGGAAAACAUCAACAGCUGGUAUGCUGAAUGAAUCAUCUUCAUCGGGAUUAUGUUCAACAGAUAAUACGAUCAGUUGUAGAAGUAGUAGUAGCAAUACUAAUAAUAGUAAUAGUUAUACACUGUCAGUAGUACACUGUGAUAUGACUGCGUUACAAAUUACCGAUUGGCUGUGUCAGUCAAACUUUGAGAAUCUUGUGGAAACAUUUAAAAAUUUCACAGGUCGUGAUAUGCUUCGUCUAGCCAAAGAAGAUUUAUUGUCAAUAUGUGGAUCGUUGGAGGGUUUACGGUUGUAUAAUUCACUCUACAAUAAACCUGCUGUUCCACGAUGUACACUGUACAUGUGCCUCAAAGGAGAGAUAAUUUAUCAUGCUGUUAUGCUGUAUGAAAUGACUAUGCAUGAAUUACACAGUCGACUAGCCUCCAUCCUGUCUUGUCGUCAAGAUCAUAUCAAGAUAAUAUGCCUUAUUGCGGAGAAUGAUAUCCCUGUACUUUUAACCGAUGAGCUAAUUGUUCAAUUAAAGGAUAAAAGUAUCUAUCAGAUUGGAGUUAAUCGAAUCUGUAAUAAUAAUAAUAAUAAUAACAAGGUCAGUGUGUGCUUAAGACCUGUCUCAAUGUAUGAGGCUGUUAGAUGAAGAGGCGAGCAUUAUCAAAAGAUGUGACUCCUCAUUUAUCUAUCCAUCUAUAAGUGAAUGCUGUAAUUGUCUCACGAUGAUGAUGAAGGUGAUAAUGAUGCCAGGAACAUAUAAUAUACCAUUUGUACAGAUUGCCUUUUACCCUAUCCCCUUAUAAUGUUGUAAUAUGUAACCAUUCUCAUAGUUUUAAUUUCACUUUUGUUUUCUUCAUGGAUCUCCUGUACACUGAUUUUAUGAUUUCUUGUUUGAAUAUACUUUUCUUAAUCAUAAUGUGUUAUUAUUUUACUGCCGAAUUUACUAGCUUGCUGGCUUUCUACCCACUCCCAAGCCAGCAUAAAGAGGGAGGGUGAUCGGGCGUGGCACCCUACAUCACAAAAUCAA